UUCCAUAUGCGACCAGUGCAAGUUCACAGUGCAGAAUUUGUACGAAAAAUAAAAAAAUUUGCAAUCUAAACAAGUUCACAGUGCAGAAUUUGGCGAAAAUUUCUACCAGUGCAAAUUUUCUUAUUCAUUUUGUGUUUGUUUUGUCGGGGUGAAUCACAGUUUUAUAUAUACACGGAGCUCAUUAAAAUUAUGCCUCGUCAGCCAAGCUGCAUGAUUUUACACGCCAAAUAAUAAACUGUAAACGGAACAACACGUCCAACUAAUAUUUGUCGGACAGAGAAGAAAUCAAUGCGGAUUUCCAUUCCAGGAAUACAUCCACGUACAUAAGACGUAACAACAUUUUCUUCUCUUCUCGAGAGGAGGGUCUCGUGAAGGGGAUGGGUCGUCAAUUGUGAGAAUCGACCCUCCUCCCUCGUCGCAAACAGCACGAAAGCAGAAUUGUACCACUUGCGUUGGCGAGGAGGAGUUUCACCUCGCUCGCUAAAAGUUCUGCUGCUGCUUUCUCCAACAAAGUCAAGUCACUAGUCGGACAUCAGAUUUCACGAGAAAACCAACCCAGCAAAAAAAACGAUCGGUCAUCGGAUACAUAAAUUAGUUAAAAGUGAAUAAUAUUUAAAUAAUAAUUAUCUAUUUAAACACUUGUGAACCAGCUUGUGAACACGAAAAUUUCCGGAUUUUGUGCCAUCAUAACGAGUGAAUUAAAACGUGCGUUUAAAAAAUUGACAAGUUUACCCCAUAAAAUUAAGUGAUAUUUAAAUAUUUUUGAGGAAAAAAAUCAAAAAUUUUCGAAACAUCAAGAAUCGAAUUCUUAACAUGAAGAAAGUGAGACGGAUUUUACUCUAACGACGAAACUACUUUCCGUGUCCCGUUCUGUACUUCGUCUCAAUUUCCCCCUCGAAAAAUGAGACGUCUCUUAUCUUGACUUAUCCUCAUCUUUUAAUUAAUGAGCAACAUGAUGUACGGCGUGUGUGCCACGAACGUCUCUGCCGGGGGUGGUUCGACCGGUGGUGGUGGUGGGGUCACAUCGGUGGAUCACCAUCAUCACGCCGCUUAUCACCACCACGCCCAACAAUCCGUCUACGACGCUUCGGUGUAUCCCGAUUGUGCGUUUUACUAUCCGACCCCGGUCGCAAAUUAUGUGUCGUCGACGUCCUCCUCGAUUUCCGCGACCACGGCGCCCGUCAUCCCCCCGUCACAACAGCAACAACAACCGGAAACCGACUUUCUCCUAGAGCAACAACAGCAGCAUCACCAGCACCAACAGCACCAGCAACAACAGCACCUACAAAUUAAGGCUGAGCGGGCUGAGCCUUACUGUCCCCCUCCUCCCCCCCUCGUGUACAAUCAUCACCACCACAACCAGUAUGACCAAAUGUCUAGUCAAGAUAACGGACUGGGAGGGUAUAGUUAUAACCCUGGGGUGGGAGGAGCCGCUCCGACGACGGGGUCCACCUACCAUCACCACCACCACCCCGCAUCGCCAGACUACACGUGCCCUCCACCUCCCGACAUGACCUCUGUGGCGGCGUCCUCCUGUCUCAUCGCGUCCUUUCAAACGUCCUCGCACCGAGGACAGAACAACUCUUCGCCCGCCACGUCUUACUUCCCCCCCACGACGUCGUCCCCGUCCCCCGCGACGAACGGUGGAUCUCACCCCCACCACCAACAGUUCCUCCCCAACGGCUCCCUUCUCAAUGUCAACCUCAACAUUAGUGGAGUCACCGGACCAGGAGGACCAGGAGGAGGUCAGCAGGGUCAAGGAAACGGGGGAAAUAACAGCAAUGUCCCCACCUACAAAUGGAUGCAUGUCAAGAGAAAUGUUCCUAAGCCUUCGGUCCAUCCACCGGCGCCAGUGAUCCGAGACUACGGUCACGGUGGGGUCGGAUCCCCAGGUGGGGGUGGCGGGGGCGGUGGUGGGGUUAACUGUGGCGUUGGCAGCGUGGGUCCGGGCGCCACGGGUCGCACGAACUUCACGACGAAGCAGUUGACCGAGUUGGAGAAAGAAUUUCAUUUCAACAAGUACCUCACAAGGGCGAGACGAAUCGAAAUCGCGUCCAGCCUCCAACUCAAUGAGACUCAGGUCAAAAUUUGGUUUCAAAAUCGUCGCAUGAAGCAGAAAAAGCGAUUGAAGGAAGGUCUCAUUCCGCAAGAAUCGGCUGCCGGCUCGCCCGCAACGCCAGAAACGGGCACCACGUCGGACAACUCUAAUUCCAGCUGUCCCCCCGUCGAAACGACCAAACUGGACAAUUCACCUCAGUCCUCGUCAUAAGAAAAAGUAAAAUAAUGCAAAUUUUCCCCUUUCUCAACUCUAAAACAGAGGGCCCUGCGUAAAUAAUGCAUGAUCGAUUUGAGGUCAGAGGUCAAACUUCCCCCCAAAAUCGAUUCUUUACCCCGAAAACUAGACGUAAAAAUACACUCUAUAAAUUAACAAGUUAAAAAAUGGGAAUAGAAAUUUAGAAAAGAUUUAACAACCGAAAAUGAUAAGUACAUAAUCCGAAUUUGGAACUAUAAACACACAUAUUAUCCUAUUACCGAUAAGACACUUAUCAUCAUUCUACAUAUUACUAAAUACUUAUCAUCAUGUAUGCAUACAUAAAUUUAGACACGGAGAGAUCUAAUUAAAUGUUAAAAUUAUAUUUACGACCGAGGGGAAAAAGUUUGUCCAUUUUUUUAACUCUUAUAAUUUUACGUGUACCAAUCAAUAACGAGUUACCAAAAUAACUAGUUCCAUCCUACUCGAAAAAUACAGAGGACGCCGUCACUCGCUAGAAUUAAUAACUUAUCUCCACCCACAGCUUAUCAAGGUACUUAUCUGUUAUGAAAUUCGUAUUAUUUUAACCUUAAAAUUAUGUAACUAAAUUUACUUACGACAAAUUCAAUUACUUAUAAUUUUCUUAAAUUAUGUAGUUUCCCCUCUUUUUACAAAUUAUAUGUAUGCUAACAGUAACAAUUAGUGGACGGACACUUAAUUGCUAAUUUAGCUAAUUUAAUGUAGAUUGAGCAGAUAUUAUGCGACAUAUUUACAUAAUCGUUUUGUUUUUCCACUUGAAUAAACGUUAUAUUUUCAAUGAUGUA